AUGUCAUGGAUAUAUCUGACAAAAGAUCGAGAAGCAGCUACAGUGAAAGCCACCCUAGAGCAAUGGCUGGCUCCGGUGGAACGUGAGAAAGGUGUUAAACUGCUUGUCAUUCGGACAGAUAAUGCAAAGGAAUUCAAGGCAUUGGAGCCAUGGGCCUUGAAGAAAGGCAUUCAGAUGUGGACCCGAGGCCAUUCUGUCGAUUACGAUGCGUGGGCCGAAACAGUCGGCGGUGACCGUUGGAGUUUUAAGAGAAUGCUCCCGUACUUUAAAAAGUUGCAGAAGCACCAUGGCCCUGCAGGAAGUCCCAAGUUAUACGGCUUUGAUGGUCCCAUCUCCACGAUGGCAGGUGCAUGCAAAUACCCUCUGCGUGAGAUGAUGGUCAAGGCCAUGACGGCCGCAGGGCUCACGUUCAAUCCUGAUUCAAACGGUGGGAAUCCCCUUGGGUUCGGCUGGUAUACAGAGAAUUGGAGAGAUGGUUGA